AUGGGACUUGCAGAGCUCUGGUUGGCAGGAGACUAUCAUGUUAGCCAAAAUGGUUACUGGGACCAGAAUGGCCAGUGGAUUGCUGAGGCUGAGAGAGAAGCGCAGGCAAGAGGGCUGCUGAAGGGACCGCAGAUGCCGGAGAUGGCUUUGGAGGAUCCCGCCUCGGUGGUGGAGAUUGCCAGCAAGAAGGCCGGGAAGGCCAUCCAGCGUGCAGAAAGCAAUGCGGCGGAUGCCCAGGCCACACAAUCUGUGGAGACCUCCUGCGCUCGGCCUGUCGCGUUCGUCCCCUGUACCACUGAGGUCUUGCACAUGAGACUGCGCAGCCAAAAAGCCGCUGAUUUGGUCGGGAAUGUGAAGCAUGCAUUGACCGACUUGAUGAGAAGACGGAACACGUUGAAGCUCAAGAGAGAGCUCUCCAAGAUGGACCACUACUGGCAAGUGCUGAAGGAGUGCGACUCGGAGAAAACUCCUGAUUGUCACCAGAUGGUUCGAAAGGCUCUGCAAGGAAUUGCGCAUGAUGCAACAGAGGCUGCCAAGGCUGCUGAGGACUUGACAGCCCUUGGUCAUGUGGUGAAGCGCCGAACUUAUCCCAUUCUGGACCUGCUUCGCAUGGGAAUUGGCCCUGCACCAGACCAGCUAGAUGCCUUGGAUGCUCCGAAUCCACCCGAUUUCGUGCCAGCCCCAGGCCCAGUUCCUGGCACUGCCGGUGGUUGUGAUUGUGCUCCACACUCCCACUGUGCAGGCCGAGGAAGAGAGUUCCCCUGGUGCAAAGUCAACCGGACAGAGCCCUGUGCCUUGCUGUCUCAGCCAUCCUUUGUGGAUGCCUCGGGAGCCGAUCACCGUGUGGCCGGAUCUGGGCAGCCUCCCGCGGUGUGGGACUAUUGUGCUCCGGUCUCCGAGAACUCGGAGACGGUGCAUGCGGGGGGGCCAUUGCGAGAGGAUCGCAUGACCUUGGAGGCCAUGACGGCUCCCAAAGAGGGCCAUGGCCUUUGCGUUCGAACGCCUUCCAGUGGUGCUCACUUCGUGUGCCCAACAGCACAAGACGAUUUGGACGAAGCCAAUCCGGAGGGGACGGAAUGGGCGCGAACUCGGACCUGGGACUUUUGUGUUCCGGCAGCUCCAGCUGACAAGAUACAAGCUUUGCAAGAACUCCAGCAUGAAGAGGAGGCAGAGCUGGUGAAGCAAUCUGCAAUUCCGAGGAGGAACAUGACAGAUUUCUCUACUUUGAUCUAG